UUAAGAUAUGGCAAGCCCAAGGCCAUGUGAUGUGCCGGGCAUGCAGGUGCCCAUCCUUCUGCCAGGAGACUGCAUCCACUAUGAUUGCUUCCCUCCAUGGGUGCUUUGUUUCCCUUGACAAUCAGGGUACAGACAUUGGCUUGGAGUAGGCAAGAACAAAGCAGAGAGUGUCUGUUCAAGGCCAUGUGCGGAAUGUCCUGGCUCAGGGGACCCGAGAACAGGCAUGAGAUCAGCUUGUUCCCAGAGCUCUGUGUGUCUAAUGAGGAAAGCCCUUUUUGUGAGCCCACGUGAGCCAUGGCACUUCCCCCAUCCCUUCUACAUGCUGCUCCCUCCGUCACCCACAACAUCCUCUCGUAUCUUAUGGCAGCACGUUUCCCAGGGACAGCGGAAUUUGCCAUAGAGCACCAACCGGUUUUUGCCUUUUGGAAACAAGGACAGGCUCCCAGCCAGGGGCUGAGUCGUGGAAUUUGAAGGGCUGGAGCAGUUGCUCUUCCUGCAGCCAAGGGUUGGCGUAAACACUGAGUGGGUGUGGUGUGCAUGGGACACGCUAUAAAAAAACUUUAGAGAGCUGAGUAAACAGAAGGAGCAGAGGAGGGCUGGCAGCAUGGGAGAGCUGCGUGCCCGCUCCGUUCUGGUGACUGGGGCCAACCGGGGCAUCGGCCUGGGAUUUGUCCAGCAUUUUCUGAAGAUGCCAAAUCCACCCCAGUGGAUCUUUGCGACCUGUCGGGACCCCAAGGGACAGCGAGCACAGCCCUUGCUGAAGAAGGCUGCCCAGGGGAGCCCAGGCUCAGGGCUGAGCUGCAGCAAGGCUGCCAUCGCCAACAUUUCCAGCAUUGGUGGCUCCAUCACUUUUCCCUUUGGCUGGGAAAUGGUGCAUGCUACCUCRUACCGCUGCAGCAAGGCUGCUCUGAACAUGCUGACCAAGUGCCAGUCCCUGGGGUACCGGGAGCCCGGCAUCCUCUGUAUCGCUCUCCACCCUGGCUGGGUGCAGACUGACCUGGGCGCUGCUGCUGGGCAAACGCCCCCAUUGACUGUGGAUGAGAGCGUGCAAGGGAUGCUGAAGGUCCUUUCCUCUAUCUCCGAGAAGGACACCGGCACCUUCCUGGACUGGGAAGGGAAGGUCAUACCCUGGUGAGACACCACUUCAGGAUCCUGGUGGCGGGACCCUGUGCCACUGCUCCCCCUGCCCCACAUCCUCAAUAAACUCCUGCUGAGCGUCCCCA